CCUUUUAUUUACUCUUUGGAAUGCAAAGUAACAGGACACCCUGUGAGUUUUAUCUCUCUCCCAAUCUUUUGUAAUGCCUUGGAAGUUGCCGGACCGGAUUGAGCGUUCGAGAUGGGGUGGUUUCGGGGUUGCCUUCAGGAAUCUGGGUGGGAGGGCACUGUCGGUGAAAUUUGAAUUUGGGAGUCACGCUGAGAGCAAAAUCCUUGAGCCACACUGCAGGAAGGAACAGCCUUUGUCCCUGACUGAAUCAGGCCCGUUGCUGGUGUGGAUGGAUGGUGCUCCGUUGCUAGAAUUCCUGGGAACUGCCUCCACCAGAAGACUUUUCCCCGCAGGCAGCCGGCCUUCUUUCCUUAUGUAAGCAGUUCUUCCUUUCUUUCGCGUGCAUGGCAUUCCCAGGGCUGGGAGCUGAUGCGGAAGGAUCCUGCCUGCCCAGACAGUGUUUGCUGCUCCUGCAGCUGAUCCUUGUCUGGGGUUCGAGCUCAGGGCGAUUUAGCUCUUGCAACUCACACAGAUUUUGACCAAGUCGGACUUGGUUCUCAGACUUCAGGGCUGUCCUUCCUCCCAAACUUCGGCUCUGCUCUCAGGAUGCUGUUGAGGCUACACUGAGACAACGAGAGGAGAAGGACGUGACAGCUUUUAUUGGAUAAACUGGUCCCAGCGGGAGCAAGCAGAGGCUGUGAGGCUGACUGCUGCCAUUACAUGUGGGACAUGAACAACCUGGACGAAGGGGUGGAGUUCCUCCCUGCCAUGAACUCCAAGAAGAUGGAGAAGCGCGGCCCAAAGCGGCAGGUGGUCGUCACCGUCCUGAUCAUUGUUUUUCUGCUUGUCUCCCUCACCACUGGCCUCCUGUUUUGGCACUUCAAAUACAGGAACACACCCGUCCAGAAGGUUUUCAAUGGCCACUUGCGGGUUCUGAACUGGGAAUUCCUGGAUGCCUAUGAGAACUCCAGCUCUCCAGAGUUCAGUAUGCUGGCCAAGAAGGUGAAGAGCACGGUGGAGGAGAUCUACAGGAAUCAUGCUGAUAUUGGUCCUUACCACAAAGAGACAGUGAUCACUGCCUUCAGCGAAGGCAGUGUCAUUGCCUACUACUGGUCAGAAUUCCUUGUGCCCAAGUACCGGGAGGAGAGCCUGGACAGGGCGAUGGCUGACAAGCAGAGCCUGGUGCAGAGGUGGAACCCCCGCCUGAGAAACCCCAUGCUGAAGGUGGAGUCGGUCAUUGCUUUCCCUGUGGACCCCAGCAUAGCUCACUCUGCCCGGGACCACAGCUGCAUGUUCUCCCUCCACGCCAAGGAAGGGGAGGUCACCAGUUUCACCACGCCGGGCUUCCCCAACAGCCCCUACCCCAACAAUGCCCUCUGCUACUGGGCAUUGAGGGCAAAUGCCAACUCCAGCAUCAGCCUCACCUUCAAGACCCUGGAGCUGGAGCCAUGCAGAGAUGACAGUGACUACAUCAAGGUGUAUGACUCUCUCAGCCCCGUGGAGCCCCACGCCUUGGUUAGGCUUUGUGGGAAUUAUGCCCCAUCCUACAACCUGACCUUCUUGUCCUCCCAGAACGUCAUGCUAGUCACGUUGGUUACCAACAAGGAGGGGCGAUUCCCUGGGUUUAAGGCUGAGUUCUUCCAGCUCCCGAAGAUGAAAGCCUGCGGUGGCACCCUGAAGGGGGACAGUGGCACCUUCACAACUCCCUAUUACCCGGCACACUAUCCCCCAGGCACGGACUGUGUCUGGUACAUUGAGGUUCCGUCUAUAAAAAAUGUGAAGGUGCGUUUCAAUAUGUUCUUUGUGCUGGAGCCCGGGAUGCCAGUCAGCUCCUGCACCAAGGACUAUGUGCAGAUCAACGGCACGAGGUACUGUGGGGAGCGCUCCCAGUUUGUGGUGGCCAGUACCACCAACAAAAUCGAGGUCCGGUUCCACUCAGACCAGUCCUACACAGACACGGGCUUCUCUGCGGAGUUCCUGUCCUAUGACUCCAGUGACCCCUGCCCUGGCAAGUUCACUUGCAAUACCGGCCGCUGCAUCGACAGGAGCAUGCGCUGCGACGGGUGGCUGGACUGCGUGGACGGCAGUGAUGAGAGGUCCUGCAGCUGUACCGAGCAGCAGUUCAGGUGCCAGAAUGGCUGGUGCAAGCCCAAGUUCUGGGUCUGUGACAACGUGAAUGACUGCGGUGACAACAGCGAUGAGCUGCAGUGCAGCUGUGCAGCAGACAGCUUCAAGUGCGACAACGGGAAGUGUGUCCCCAACACACAGAAAUGUGACGGCAAGGACGACUGUGGGGACGGGAGCGACGAGGGCAGCUGCAGCACAGCAGGCCAGACCGCAGUCCCCUGCAAGAACUACACGUACAAGUGCCGCAGUGGACACUGCAUCAGCAAACAGAACCCCGAGUGCGACGGGGAGCAGGACUGUGAGGACCACUCCGACGAGGACAACUGCAACUGUGGGCUCCGCUCUUAUGUCAGGAAGUCACGGAUUGUCGGUGGGCAGAACUCGGACGUGGGAGAGUGGCCGUGGCAGGUCAGCCUGCACGUCAAGGGCCAGGGCCACAUCUGUGGGGCCUCACUGGUGUCGGCGAGCUGGCUGGUGUCAGCGGCACACUGCUUCCUGCCACUGCAAGGCAUCAGUUACUCAGACCCCAGCCUGUGGACAGCCUACCUGGGUCUGACCGACCAAGGUGACCGCAGCAGCCCCAAUGUGCAAGCCCGCAAAAUCAAGCACAUAAUCUCCCACCCCUUCUUCAAUGACUACACCUAUGACUACGACAUCGCUGUGCUGGAGCUGCAGAGCCCCGUCACCUUCACGGCUGUGGUCCAGCCCAUCUGCCUGCCUGAUGCCACCCACAACUUCCCCGUGGGCAAGGACCUGUGGGUGACUGGAUGGGGAGCGACUGCGGAAGGAGGCUCGGGAGCCUCCAUCCUGCAGAAGGCAGAGAUCCGGCUCAUCAACCAGACUGUGUGUAACCAGCUCCUGACAGACCAGCUGACACCACGCAUGAUGUGCGUGGGGAUCCUGACCGGCGGCGUGGACGCCUGCCAGGGAGACUCUGGAGGGCCCCUGGUCAGUGUGGAGCCCAGCAGUCGGAUGUUCCUGGCUGGCGUGGUGAGCUGGGGCGAUGGCUGCGCCCAGAGGAACAAACCUGGGGUGUACAGCCGGCUCACGAGCCUGCGAGACUGGAUCAAAGAGCACACAGGCCUCUAGGGAUGGAUCCCUGCCUGGACACAUCUUGGACAGCGCUGGCUGGAGACACUUGGCAGUGCCAGCCAUGCACAGCCUCUACUGUGAACUUCAACCCUCCCUCUACCUCGCUGCGAGCACCUGGGACUCCAUGUGCAGCCAGAGCUGAUGGUUUGGUUUAGCCCUUAGUCUUAGAAACCCAUGUUUGGAGAAGUUUCCCGUGGUGGGUAAGCUAGUGCAGCUCCCAUGAACGACUUGAAUGAGCCAUCAUUCAAAAUUACAUCUAGUAAUAAACUUUAAAAAAAAAUCAAAUUAAAAAAAAAAGACAAACACUUUGUGUUUAGAGGCAAACUUCAUUUGGACAGGUUCAAAAACAAGGUUUCAGCAUAUAUUCUAAGUUGUGCAGUUGUUUUCAGACGGCCGUCCAUACCCCUUUCUCUGGUGUUCAGCCACAGGGGGGUUGAAGGGAGGUCUUACCAUAGUUUUGAGGGGAUUCCCUUUGGGAUCCCUCCCUUGUCCCACACCAUGGUCUCCUCCCUCUGUCCUCUGUCCAGCUCUGCUUCUGGCAUGGCCAAGUCCAGGGCUGGGGGCCUGAAAGAGCGAUGUUGGACUGAAACACCAUUACUGCCCCCGAGGGAAGCCACGGGCAGAGCUCGACUACCAUCGCUCACCCCAAAGAAAGCCAUGGGCAGGGUUCAAACACCAUCACUCACCGUGAGGGAAGCCACAGGCAGAGCUGCUGGCACACAUGGAGAUCCAGAGCCAUUGGUGUCACCACACUGUGCCUUAACAUCACACUUAGCUGAGCUGAUGCAGCUUCUGCUGAGCCCCAGGUGCCUGGAGUCGCUGUGAAGAGCACAAGGGCUGCACUGAAUCCUUCCUGGAGUGCUCCCCACAAGGACAACAUCAGUCAGCUGUGCACACCAGCCUUACACCUAUCUUACUUUUGUAAAGAAAAAUGUGACUUGUGAAUGUGCUGAUUUUCUUCCUUUCUCCUCUGUAGCCUGUCCCUGCCCCAGCAAGCACACUCCAGCUGAGUUAGUCCCUUCCUCACCUGUAAAUACAUUGUUUUGUAAAACUCUCAGAACUGAGAUGCUGCAAUAAACUGGGAUAUUUUCUAA